AAUUCUCUAGAACGUCUCUCGAGCCCAGAAAACCCCAGUGGCCGGGAAGGUGACCACCCUGGAAUGUAGGGGACGAAGAAACCCCCCUCGGAGGAAAUCCUAAUGCUCGUCUUCUCUCGCCUUACUACCUCGACCUCCUCGUCCUCCUUCGCAACCCUAAGAAGGAUGCCUCCUUCCUUGCCGAGAUGGCCGUCUUCCUCCGAAGCGCCCCCGCCGCCGCCUUGCAGCCCUCUUUCGAUUAUACCUUGUUCCCUUUUCUCCUUUUGCUGGAUGCCUCGGUGCAAUGUAGAGAAGAGAAGAAGUUUGACUCGGAUGGGGGUUUUGGGAAUGGCGGUGCCUCAUUAGAUGGUUGUGGUGCUAAAGAAAAUUACCACUGGAGCUAUGCUUUCACAUUCUGUGGCAUCGGAAGAAUUUCGUGAAGGAAUAAUAAGAUGCUUUAGGGUGAUGCUUCUCAAUUUACAACCUUGCUCUGUUAGUUCGUGUUCAUGCAAACAAAGGGUUAUCAUGCCUACAUCCAAAUCUAUUGAUGGUGCUUUUGUGCAUCAUAAUACUCUCUCAAGGGAUUGUGUUGAAUCACUAGAAUGUUUGCUAGCAUUUCUCUAAUCUCAAAAUGCUUCAGCUGCAGUAGGGCAUUGGCUAUCACUUCUUCUCCAAGCUGCUGAACUUGAGGCACUGAGAGGACACUGUGGAAGUGCAAAUCUCCGGAAAGAGGCAUUUCUGACCCUUCGAGUCCUUGUUGCCAAGGUUGGUACUGCUGAUGCACUUGCCUUCUUUCUACUGGGCGUUGUAAGCCGUUUUGCAAAGGCCUUAUAUGUAUCAAAAAAUAUGAUUAGUGGUGCUGCUGGAAGCUCUGUAGCCAUCGAGCAGGCUAUUUGUGGUUUGACUGAGUUCUUGAUUAUUGUUUUAGAUGACAAGGCAAAUCUUCACUCCCUUGAGAUGCCUGUAAAUGAUAUUGGAUCACUUUCACCCAUGGAAAAUAAAUCUACCCAAUCUGUCCUAGAGGCUCUUCGUAGUUUACCUUUAAAUGGUCAUGUUCAGUCAGCAAAUAUGAUUGGAGAUUCUUUUAAUCAAGCUAUCAACGAUGAUCAUAAACGAAAGAUAGUUGAUCAUAGCAAUGGCAAAAGAAAUUUAUUUGUACAUCGUUCCAGGGAGUGGAUUGAUGAAACUUCUUCUAAUGUUGAUAAAUUAAUGUCUGCUGCAUUUCCACAUCUUUGUAUUCAUUCUGCAGAAAAGGUCGGAAAAGCACUUGUAGAUGGCAUACAGGGGCUUCUGUUGAAUUGCAGAUGCACUUUGCAAAGAAGCAAAUUAAUGCUUUUGGAGUGUUUGUGUGUGCUGGUUUAUGACGAUGCAGAUGUUGUGUCCAUGGUAGCACAGGAAUCCCUCGAAUCUUUAUUUGUUUUGGGUGAGAAAUUUAUAACCAAAAAUGAAAUUUCUGGUAUAUUUACGAGCCUCAUCAAAGCGCUUCCAUGUGUGGUUCUUGGAAGUGAUGAGACAAUUGCUUUGUCACAUGCUCAGAAACUACUUUCUCUAGUCUAUUAUGUAGGUCCGGACCUUUUAGUAAAUUACCUUCAGUCUCCUAUGCGAGCUGUAUCCUGAGUUAGAGGUCCUUGGUAGGCAUCAACACCCAAAUUUAACUAUUCCAUUUCUAAAGGCUGUGGGUGAAAUUGCAAAGGCAUCACAAACUGAAGCAUCUUCUUUGCCAGAUCAGACUGAAAUAUUUAGUGCACACGUCAGCUCCAAGAUUCUUAUGAUACAAAAAUGGAUUAAUGAGAAUCAUGUGGAUAGUAGCUCCUUCUCCAUGUGUACCAAAUCCCAGGCUUAGAAAUUGGAUCUGUCAAUUUUGAUGAUGUUAGUCUUCACUUGGAAUAUUGGGAGGAAUUAUUGUUUAAGUUUAAUGAGAUGAAAAGAUACAGAAGAAUUGUUGGAUCUCUUGUUGGAUCAUGCUUAAAAGCUGCAUCACCACUUGUUUCUUCACAGAGAAUCAGCUUGUCUGGUGUCUCUGGACAUUUAUUGAUGUACUUGCUUGAUAUGUUUGUUGAUAAAACAUUUUUGGCCAAAUGAAUCUCUUUCUAAUUCUCAUUCUGCUGUUGCAAAUACUGUUUGGUGUUUAAUUGUCAGAAGGCAGCUCAAUGCACAGGGGCACCCAUUAAUGCAGGUCUGGGAAGGGUCAAUUAUGCAGUUCUUUCUUUCAGUCAGGGAGAAUUAAAUUUAGUCUUUCUCAAUUUAAGUUUCUACUAUAUAAAGGGAAAACACAAAUUAAGCUCAGCCAUUUCAGUAUUUAUUGUGAUGUGAGGAAACCUCUUAGUUACCUGUGUUUAAAGUGAAACCUUACAAGUGACUUUAAAGAAAAAAAAAUCUGGAUUGAAAAUAAGAAAAGAACAAAGGACAGCACAUGUUGCUUCACAAGUAGGAUACCUUUUCAUGUUGAUGACCCUUUUCGAUUGUUUAGCAUUUCUUUGUUUGAUAGCAGUAUUUUCAAACUAAUGGGGCUAUGUAAUUUUAGUGGAAAAUUAAUUGAUUACUUAUUCAUAAACGGCAACUUGGAUUUCUGAAAUUUUUUGACGUGAGGAUACUUGGGUAGAUGGCUUACCAUUAUGUACCUAUCAGAUACCUUAUUCAUUAGAUAAUUUUUUGGUACAAGUGAUCUGUGCUUAGUCUGUGAAUUCAAAAUUUUUUACUACCAUUCAUACGCAUUAUGCUUUUCAUGGAGUGUAUUUUGCAAAUGGUUCUUCUUACGAAUGACAAGCUAUUAAUGAUGGAUAGAAUGAUUACUGGCUACAUAAUGUAGUUUGCUUGUCAUUUGCAAGGUUAUAAAGUUGGACAAAUUUUGAAGUCUAUGUUUACCUAAAAUCCAAUGAUUACAAACUAGAAAUUAUUUAAGCAAUAGGAACAUGUACAUUGCCAUGCAGAUUUUCGAUUAUGUAGGUCCAAAUGAAGGUUUUUUAAAGCUUUAUUUUCAUUUGGAUCUGUUAUUUUAGAUGUUUAUUUUUGAAGAAAGUUCAUUUGGCUCUGCUAUAAUAGUCGUUUAUUCUGUGACUUGUUCUGGAUUAUUGUAACAGGGAAGCCAUUGUUUCGCUAAGUGAAAGGCUUGCAUUUACCAUCUCUUUGUUCUUUAUAUAACUAUAUGCUUGUCAAGGAUUUUAAGAUGUCGACCAUUUGGAGAUGUUACUGUAUUAUUUCCCUAAAUCAUGUGUUUCAUUGUGGCUUUCAGUUUCUAGAAGUGCCACUUUUAUUGGGGUAGCAACCAUGAAAAGUCAGAACAUGUUCUGAAUGUUGUUAUAUGGUUCAAUUGGGAAAAUGAACUGUUCUGAGUAUGAUUUCAAGUUUGUCAUAAUUUCCUUGGUGUAGGAUACUUUGGGUCAUGGGUACAAUCCAAGCAUGGGCCAUGCUGCUUGGUUUUUGGUAUGUGGGGGUAGGGAUAAUGUUGACUUUUUUGGAUUAGUUCCUGAUAGUUCUGUUGCUUUUCGGUCGUGUUCACUUAGUUAGUUGGGGUAAGACAUCUUGAUCUUUUCACAGCAUUUAACUAAAUGCUUUUUUUCCCAAAAAAAGGUAAGAGACAUGAAAACUUGAUGGUUCUUAAUUUUUGUUGAUUUAACCCUUUUUUUAAUGGAUUUGAAGUGUAAUAUAUCAUAUGAAUUCCAUUUUUGCUUAGAUGUUCUCUAUUUAUAAAGCCGAAUAAAACUUUGAGAUUGGAUUUUUAAUUUGUUUAUCUUGUCGUGUAUGAUGGCAACCUGGAAAAUACAGUAUUGCAAAACAGAUCAACAACCUGCAUCAUAAUUUCAAGUAGUAUGAUCAAAGUAAAUAGACAGCAACUUCUUGUUGGUUUGUCUUUUUCUCAACACUCCUUUUCUCUUUCUGGAAUAAUGUUGUAUUUUGCAGAGAACAAAAUUUCACAUUUAUUCCCAAGGUCUCAGUCCGUUGUCUUAUUACUUUUAAGCAAGUCAUUUAGGACUAUCAGUUUAGCAGAUUCUGCCUGUAAAUUGCUGCCCUAAAAAGGUGUUACUGGUUAGACUGUUGCAACAAAGCAAAUGUUAAUUGAAGUCUUGGUUUCUGUGCCAAAAUCAGUUGCUAUGGUAGGAAAUGUGAACCCUCUUCUCCAUAUUAUUAUUGGUUAUGUUUGACAAUUGUGUGUUGGUUUUGAACCAUUGCAUAAUAUGUUUUCUUUGUUCAACUAAAUAAAAUAAUUAGAUGUAUACUUUUGUUAGGGGCUUGAGUGGUAAAUAUCUUAUUGGAAAAUAGUAAAACAAAAUCUUUCUUGUUAUUCUCCGUAGAUUUCAGUUGUUUGUACUUUAGAGUAAGGCAUUUUUUUGUAGGAUGUUUCUGUAUCUCUUGCAAAAGUGGAGGAAGCUUAUAAGCACGAGAAACAAACCAAAGCAGCAAUCUGGGAAGCAGUUCAGUUGCUAUCACUAAAUGAUCUGAAAGAUGGGAUGGAGGCUGCAGAUGAGGAAGCUGACGAGAACAGAGUGCUUCCAGCAAUGAACAUAAUCUGGCCUUAUUUGAUUCUUUGCCUUAAAAAUAAGGUUUCAGUGGUUGUGAUCAGGAAAUGCUUGAAUAUGCUGCAUAAAGCAGUUCAAAUUGGUGGCGGGGACUUUUUUGUUCCCCGGUUUCAGAAUGAUGGGCAUACUAUAUGGAAGUUGCUUACUUCAUCCCCAUUUCGAAGGAAACCAAUGCUAUCAAAUGAGGAAAGAAUUCUUCUCCCUUACCGAAGUAAUUCUAUCACACUUCAGAAGAACCUAUGGCUGAAGUCUCCAGCCAAAAAUUCCAGUCUGCAGUAUUGGACAUGAUUACCAUGAUAUGUUCGGACAAGAGGACUAGUUCAGCAUUACAGACAGUCCUGAAGAAGGUUAGUGGUAUUGUCGUAGGUAUUGCUUGCAGUAGCAUGGCAGGUCUCAAAGAUGCAUCUCUAAGGGCAUUAUCAGGACUUGCUUGCUUUGAUUCAGACCUUACCUGGCUUCUGCUUGCGGACGUCUACUAUUCCCUGAAUAGAAGGGGGAUGUUAUCCUUCCACCAUGUCGAGAUCUGGCGGGGAUUUCUGAGCUGCUUCCUGCCGCAUCAUCCAAAAAGGAAUAUUUGUUUGUGAAUUAUGCAGGAGAAGAUUUACUCUGUAAAUUUGUGGGAGAUGUUAAGAAUCAUUGAGAAUGUAAAAGGGCAUUAGAUGUCACUUUGCACAUGGUAGUUAUAAGAUUAUGUUACAUGCGGAGGCUUUUAGUGCACGUUUCCCAAAUGUUCGAGGCAAUGUUUUCAAAGGGCAUUUUCCUUUUCUAGCAAGGCAAGUUUGGGUGACUUUUCUUUAGUGAGAUAAUUUCUUAUA